AUGCCGUCAGGAUUUGAGGACUGUCCUUAUGCAGGAACCUGGAACCUCCACAACGCGCUCCAGGUCCACGUCGAUAAAGACCUAAAGAACGAGCCCCACUUUCUCCUCCUUACCUCCUCGGUCUCGGGGACAGUCGGCACAGCUACUGAAAGCAACUACUGCUCGGCCAACGGCUUUCUCGACGCUUUUGCUCGAUGGUGUCGGUCGCGUGGUCAGGCUUGUGUCGCGGUUAGUCUAGGUAUGAUCUCGGAAAUGGGCUACCGGCACGAGAACCCUGAGAUCGAGAGCUUGCUUCUCCGCAAAGCUAUCCAGCCGCUCAACGAAGAUGUAUUCUUGCAGAUCAUCGAUCUUGCGUUGAAUAGCGAGCAAGAUGGUCGGAUUGACGACUCGCAUCUACUCACUGGUUUGGAGUCUGCUGCGAUUCGCGAGUUGAGUGCCCAAGGGUUCGACGUUACCAGCCACGGGGUACUAAACGAAGCACGCUCCUCUAUCUUGCUAGCCUCCGUUUUAGCUGAGAAAGAGUCUCAGGACGUGACUUCUCAGCAUGGCCACACAGUAGUUGUCUCCGCGGCAGAAUGGUUCAAGGGCAUUCCCUCGACUCUGUCGCCGGCUUUGGCCCCAGUUGCAGAUUCUGAUACCUUCGCAUCGCCAUUAUGCAACUGA